UGUUGUCAGCAGCUAGCAGCUAGCUGUGAGCUAACCUUAGCCUGCCGGUGAGCUAAACGGCACGAUAUUGUUUAUUCCACUCGUACUAAUACCAGAAUAAAGCGCAGUUAUAGUUCGGUCGUAACUUUCAAAACAGCAGCAAGUCGCUCUUGCCGGUAUUUGUCUCCGCUAUCAGGGAAAAUGACUUCUGCACUGUCUGAUCCAACCCUAGAGAGACAUUUUAAGGGUCACAGAGACACUGUGACAAGUGUGGACUUCAGCUGCAACAUGAAGCAGAUCGCCACGGGCUCUAUGGACUCUUGUGUGAUGAUCUGGAACAUGAAGCCUCAGAUGCGAGCGUAUCGCUUUGAUGGACACAAAGAUGCCGUCACUUCAGUUCAUUUCUCUCCCUCUGGCCACCUGGUGGCCUCCGCUUCCAGAGACAAGACUGUACGUCUCUGGGUGCCCAGCAUGAAGGCUGAGUCAACAGUAUUCAGAGCUCACACUGCAACCGUGCGCAGCGUUAACUUUUCUGGGGAUGGACAGACUCUGGUCACUGCUUCUGAUGACAAGACCAUCAAAGUGUGGACUGUCCACAGACAAAAGUUCCUCUUCUCUCUCAACCAGCACAUCAACUGGGUUCGCUGUGCCAAGUUUUCUCCAGACAAUCGUUUGAUUGUGUCAUCUAGUGAUGAUAAGACUAUCAAACUGUGGGACAAGAACAGCAGAGAGUGUAUUCAUUCUUUCUAUGAGCAUGCAGGUUAUGCAAACUAUGUGGACUUUCAUCCCAGUGGAACAUGCAUUGCUGCAGCUAGCACAGACAACUCUGUCAAGGUUUGGGACAUCAGAUCCCAUAAGAUGCUACAGCAUUACCAAGUUCACAGUGGUGUGGUGAACAGUUUGUCUUUCCACCCAGCCGGCAAUUUCCUAAUCACUGCAUCCAGCGAUUCCACAAUGAAAAUACUGGACCUUGUAGAGGGCAAACUGCUGUAUACACUGCAUGGACACCAGGGUCCAGUCACCUGUGUGGCCUUCUCUAGGACAGGCGAAUACUUUUCUUCUGGAGGCUCUGAUGAACAGGUAAUGGUGUGGAAGAGCAACUUUGACUGUGCUGAAGGCAGCGAUGGUGUCAGACUGCAACAUAAGACGGCCUCCAGCCUGCAGACACCACCAGCCAGCUCCACAGCUCGCUUCCCCCUGAACUCGCAUCCAUCUGUGCUUCAUAGCCAGACCUCUGAACCAGCAGAGCAUUUUCGCAGACAGGACUCUCAAAGUGCUGCCCACACUCAGAGCUGGAGUCGUAGUGGCAGCCACAGCAGAGCAAAUCAUUCCCACACCUACAAAAACCCCAGCGUCAGUUCCUCCUCUACGCAUCGGACACAAGGUUUACAGCAACAGUCACGCCAGGAAGAAUCACAGUCCCAUGCUUCAGAUGGAGGGGUCCCCCCUGGUCUAGCAAACGCCCUCGAACACAUCAUAGGUCAACUGGAUAUUCUCACCCAGACGGUUUCAAUCUUGGAGCAGCGGCUGACGCUGACAGAGGACAAGCUCAAGGAAUGUUUGGAGAACCAAAUGGAGAUCGGUUUACAUCUCCAGAGGAGAGAGGAGGCUUAAAGAUGGCGGCAUCAGAGAGAGGCUGAGCUGUGGUGUGGGGGGGGGGAACAUGAUCACAUCAACACCGUAGACAGAACUUUACGCAUUGCGUUGUUGUUACAAAUCUGAGAUUUCAUUCACUCACAAAGCAAGGACCGGGCCUUAAAUGCACACUGAGCCUCACUGCUGAUGGCUGAUGUACUGUUUCUGGUUGUUUCACAAAGAGAUAUCAGAAGAGAAGGAGGUGAAUAUUAGAGAAGUUCCUCUACAGCAGUGCUGAGCGCGCAGUCUCUUUUCUGCUGACAAAGGACCUGCAGCUACUAGUCACUGUGAGUGUGUGUGUGUGUGAGAGAUAGUGUGUGUGCCUGUUUAAAAGUGACAACACAUGCAGGGGACUUUCAUGCUUGCCUAUGCACUGUGCAUUCAUUGGUGUUUCAGUUUGUGUUGCUCAGAAUGACAUCAGUAGAAAAGGCCAUAUAUGUAUGUAAACUACCAAACUGUUCAUCGGCAGAGUCAUCAUUCUUGUUGUCAUUUUUCAGAUAGAGAACAAUGACAACAAUGACAAUCAGCCAGAAUUUGGUAUUUUUCACUGGGUUCAUUCUUCAAAGAUUCACUGGUUUUUGUUUGUCUUCCAUCAUUAGUAGUUGUGCUUUUUAAAUCAUCGAGUCGGGCAGUCAUCACAGAGCAACACAGUGCCUUUAUUUUCCCCAACAUGAAGAAACUCUUUGUCCAAGCUGGUAAGUUUAAGACAGUUCUGGGUCAUUUUAAAAGAUAAGUCUGUAUUUUUGUUGUCAUCAGCAGAUCCCAAGACUGAAACCACCAUGCACUGAUGCUACUAACAGGUAUUGUCUGUGUGGCGAAAACUCGAUGUAGCUCAUUCCUCUGUGUCCUAGACCUCUAUUGUUGUCCAACAGCUGUUAAAAACACAUCAGUGAGCCGCACUGAAUAAUAUGCUCGUUUAUUACUGCAGGGAUGUAUGUAUUUUCUGUAGAGCACCUGUGAAGCACCUUGUUUACUUCCUAACUUCCUUCGUUGUUUCCAAGGGGUCAUUGAGUUUAGUGCCAUAGACAAGGCUGGGGAAGUAAGAAAGAUUCAAGGGAAUCAGUAACAAUAAGAAAAAUUGAAAGAAACAUCCACCUCAGACUUUAAAUUAGAAUAAUAAUAGUGCUGUAUGUAUUGGUUCUAAGUCAAAUUUUGAUUUUUUUUUUUUAAUGCCGUUCGAAAGAUAAUCAUUUUAAUUUGUCCCAGUUCAUUUUGUGUCUAAACUUUUAUACACUGACAGUAAGUUAUUGUGUAUACUUCUUAAUAAAUGUUUUAAACUCUG